AUGAUAUUUUCGGCGGGGCGUAAAACUUGCUCGGUUACAGUCAUAUGUUAUUCUUUUUCACAUGUUAUCGUAAAUUGUCCGCCUAUCAAAAUUUACAGACGUAGUUAUUCCACUCAUCGACGUUAAACCUUGUUGUUUUUUCUUCCUUAAAUUGGCUGCUAGUUGAGUGCGUGAGGUAUUAUGUCUUUACGUAACCCUUUGAUUUAAUAAGAAUGGAUAUGUUGUACUGUGCAUAUAUUGACAUUAAUAAAAGUAGAAAGCCUAAGUGUUCAAGUCAAUCUAGUUGCUUGUUGUCGUUUCAUCCCUCAGCUAGAUCCGCUCGUUGAUUUUCCUCAUGCAUGAAGAAAACCAUGUUUUUUUCGGUGUUUUUCAAAUUACAUCCCAAGUUGUUCAUAGAUGAUGUAAGGUAAAAAUAAAAUCGUUUUGGCCUGAAUCAUCCUUCUGAACAGGCAACGCCUGGUCCAGUAUUUUAAGGUCUUGGUUCUGAUUAUCUGAGUGAUCGUGGUUAUGAGUCACAAACAGGUACGAAGCGUUCUCUGAUUUCUGUGGUUCCUCAGCCAGAUUUAGUUCGUAAUAAAUAUUGCAUCAUCUAUCCAAAUAAGGAGACAUCUCUUAAUCCGGUUAGAAUGCCUCAUUUGGUAUUAAAGGCUUAAUCUGUACUUGGACAUAAAUGUUUCUACAACUAGGUUCGAAACUCAGUACAUAUUUUAGAGAUUAUAAUGUCAUUUUGGAGUAAUACCUUGUUUAUUCAUUUAGACAGUUAUAUCAUGGUAGGCAGAUUUAGUUAAAUUCACAGUAGUCUCUUGUUCUGUACAUUAAAAAUACUGCUUCACUCAUGAUUGAACUGUGUCAUGUUCAGAUUCCUGUUCUCUAAUCCUAAAACAUCUGUUUGUACUAUCUAGUCAAUUUAUUUAUUUGUUGUUUUUCGUUUGAGAUUGCUCGAACUAAUCGUCAUGGAACUACCACCUUUUGAAUUACUUUAUACUACGUCAGAUAUACUUAAUGAAUUAGAAACUGCACUUGAAGAGUUGGAUCAAAGCAAGCUUUUCAAAGAUGUGGGAAGGCGUAGACGUCGGAGGAGAAACGGAGGACUAUAUGGUGUAGGGUUUGAAGCAGAAGAUCCCGAUUAUUAUAAUCCAGUGGGGAUAUGCUGUGAUAUCGCCUUCUACACUAAUGAGGAAUAUAAAAGACAUUUAGAUAGUCAUGUUAAAUGUCCUGUUGAGGGCUGCCCAUUUACGUCACAUCAGAAAGCAAUGCGUGUCCAUCAGGAAGUGAUUCACAAGAGUGGUUUGUUUAAUGUCAUCUACCGUGAAACUUGCGAUAAGUCAGUAAAAGUUUGGAGAGAAAGCCGUAAACGAAAUUAUCCAACUACGGAGCGAGUUGAAGCGAAAAAGAAGCUUAUUGAAGAACGUAUAGAGCGAGGAGAAAUAUUUGAGACACCUCAAUUCGGUUCGAUGAACAAACCGAAUUCAAAUGUCCUACGUUCAUCACAAAUAGGUGAAGUCAAUGCUUCAUCUAACAAAAUGUCAACUUCGUCGAAAAAAACUAGUAAAACUUCAAAACAAUGUCAAAUAAAUAGUCCCAAUUCAGUCGUUACAAAUCAAGAAUCUAGCAUACGCUUAGUCCCUACGGAUUACGACAGUGAAAGCACAGAUAAUGACAAUAUUACUGUUAAAGAUAAAUCUUCCUGUGAUAUAAUCGAUCCUACUACAGAAUCUGUAGAAAAGCUCAAUAAUACUUCAAGCAGUCGACGUCGAAAACGCGGACGAAAGCAAAAGGGCGACAAGACCAAUGAUAAUCCAGAUAACGAAAAUACUGAAAAUUCUCAAGAUGAUCCAUUUGCAUCGCAUCCUUUGGUGAAGCUACAAGUUAAACGACGACAAUGUCUAAGUGACAUUCAUCGUAUACAUAGUCGUCCAACGCUACUACAGAUGAAAAUAUUUAGAGUUGCCCGACCGUUGUUGGUACAUUGACGUGAUGGUCGGGCUUGCCUUUCGUGAUGAAGCAGCCGAGCUAUACUGGCUGGAACAACCGUUCCUCAAUAUCCUACUAUGUCAGACAGGUCGGUUGAAGAACGGUAAAACCAAAAGCAAAAAACCUAAGGUCCGAAGGCGAAGUCGUACUGCUGACUGUACUUAAGUGUGACAGCAGUAAGGUGUUUCCUUCAGAAGACCAGCAUGACAGCAAGGCUGCCUUCCCACAAGGAGGGGUGGGGUUAGAAAAGGUCGACUCUAAAAAUACACACUCCGCCUUACCCCACGAAUAUCCGCCUCCGGCGGUAAGGUCUCAACAAGUACGGACUAACACGAAAAUUACUGACAAAAAGGUCAUGUGUGACCGACCUCAAGCAGCUAUCCCUUGGGCACUGCGAUCACACUCUCAGGUCACUAAAACCACCUGCAAUCCAAUUUCCUUUUCAAGUACCUCCAGAAGAACCUUUCCACGGUGUGGGCAACUGGGAAAUGAUAACCGCCCUCAUACCUCUAACAGCACUCAAGACUGAUUUAGACUUGAUUUAUUUAGAUUUUAUAGCACUA